GCGCAUGCAGCACGAAGUUCAUGAACCGUCGCGUAGUAAAUAAAAAAGAGACCGUCGGAACUGUAACUGAAACUGUUAUGGCGCGUUUCUUGUAACUGUUUAUGACAGUGUGCCAAAAUGUAUUGAAAAUCAAAUGAAAGCCGCGUGUUUAUAAUCAAUUAUUUAAAUAUUUAAACGUGCCUCUGUUUCGACAAGCUGUUGGCUCACCCAAAAAAUUUGUAUUUGCAAAAAGCAAUAUCAAAUUAAACAGCAUUUAACCUUAGACACAAAUUUAGGCAAUUUCCCAAGUGGUUUUAGACAAUAAAAUUCUUUGAGUGCAGUUUUGGCAUACAAUAUGAUGGACGUUAGCAGCAUGUACGGCAACCAUCCUCAUCAUCAUCCUCAUGCCACGGCCACUGCCUAUGAUGGCUAUGGCAGCAACUACUUUCCCUCCCCGACGCACCACCACCAGCAGCAGCAACAGCAGCAGCAACAACAGCAGCAGCAACUGCAUCAGCAACAGCAACUACAGCAGCAAGUGCAACAGCACCAGCAACUGGCCUACAGUGGCUACGACAGCAACUCGCCCAACUACUAUCAGCAGCAGCAACAGCUAACGCCACCGCCAGCACAGCACCAGCUGCAGCAUCCACUUGCGCAGCAGCAGCAACAGCAGCAGCAGCAGCAGCAACUAUAUCCGCAUUCGCAUCUGUUCAGUCCCAGCGCUGCGGAGUAUGGCAUAACCACCACGGCGGCGGUAGCGGCACCCAACAGCACUCCAUUGCAUCCCACUAGCCACUCGCCCGCCGACUCCUACUAUGAGAGCGACUCAGUACACUCCUACUAUGCCACAGCCGCUGUGGCAACGGUGCCGCCACCUGCAAACAAUUCACCGGUAACCGCGGCCAAUGCGACGCAGCAGCAACAGCAGCAGCAGCAGGCAUUGGAUGCGCAUGCGCCCAUCAUUAGCUCCGAGAAUGGCAUGAUGUACACAAAUCUGGACUGCCUAUACUCGCCCAGUGUGGCACAGCAGGCGCAGACUCAGCCGCAUGGCUAUGGCGGUCAAAUGGAGGAGAAAUAUGCAGCGGUCCUGCAUGCAGGCUACGCGGCACCGCCGCCUGGCAUGCUGCUGGAGGAUCCGGAUUCCAUGAUGCAACUGGCUGCCGGACAGCAACAGUCGCCGCCGCAGAUGUGGCAUCAUCAUCAGCAUAUGAGCGGUGGCUAUCCGCUAGAUGCGGGCAUUGCCAUGGACUAUCCACACGCCCACUUGCAUCACAGUCUCAGUCAUGGCCAUCUGGCCAGUUUGACUACCAGCGCGCAGCAGGCACAACAGCAACAGCAACAACAACAGCAGCAGCAACAGCAGCAACAGGCAAACAGCUCACAGGCUCAGGUUGUGCCACAGCAUUCGAUAUCACCAAACGGCUCGACCAACUGCAUGACCAUGGCCCGGAAUCAUCGCAGCGGUGGCGUCACAUCGCCUGGUAGCUCCACCUCGUCAUCAACAACAUCUGCGUCUGCAGCCAACUCCACGCACCAAGCGAGCUCACAAUCAAAAUCGCCAAAUCACGCGGCCAACAUUCCAACUUACAAGUGGAUGCAGCUCAAACGGAAUGUUCCCAAGCCACAAGCACCGAAACUACCUGCCAACAUGAGCAACAUGCACGAUUACCAGCUGAAUGGUCACCUCGACAUGUGCCGCGCCGGCAACGUUGGCGGCAGCGCUGCCGUCUUGCCCAUCCAGAAUCCACUGCUGCUGUCAAACAAUGCGGCCGCGGGCAGCGCAUCCAGCGGCCUGGGCGUGGGCCUAGCCAGCGGCAACGGUGCUGCCGGUGCCAGUGCCGGGGUUGGCCUCAGCGGCUGCAGUCUAUCCUCCACGAACAACUCGGGCCGCACCAACUUUACAAACAAACAGCUGACCGAGCUAGAGAAGGAGUUCCAUUUUAAUCGCUACUUGACGCGCGCUCGUCGCAUCGAGAUUGCCAAUACGCUGCAGUUAAACGAGACGCAGGUCAAAAUAUGGUUUCAAAACCGCCGCAUGAAGCAGAAGAAGCGCGUCAAGGAGGGUCUCAUACCGGCGGACAUUUUAACGCAGCACAGCUCACCCGUGAUAACUGAAAAGCAGCCACAGCAGCAACAGCAGCAACAGCAGCAACAGCAACAACAGCAGCAACAACAACAACAACAGCAACAACAACAACAGCCCGAGUUGAAGGCUUCCGAAUUGGCCAGCAAUGAGCUGCCAGCAACAGCAGCAGCAACAACGGCCGCAGCCAAACAGAGUUGAACAAUUUCCAUUGUUGCUGUUGUUGCUGCUGCUGUGGUGGUUGCUGUUGUUGUUGUUGUCGUUGUUCUUGUUUUUUAAUAUACCCUGUACACAAAUGUAUAUAAAAAAGGGCUUGCUGGUUUUAUGCAAACAGGCAGAAGGAGUUAUCUGCGACCUCAUAAUGCCGAGUCUACCAAGCUCCCCCUACUUGUCUAUCUGUCAGUCAUUCUGUUUGUCCGUCUGUCUGUCUGAAUGCAUCAAGCUCAGAGAGUAUUGGAGUUUAAGACUUCAAGUUUGAAAAGUAGCUGCAUUCACAAACUCGAUCAGCCACGAUUUAAGAUUGGAUAUUUUGAUUUGGUGCACUACAAAUUAAGUGUGUAGGUAUAAAGCGAUCAAGAACAUUUUUAGAAUUUUGAUACUUUAUAAAAGAAACACAAUUUUUGGGGCAUAACCCACUUAUUUGAAGGCCACAUCUAAUCCUUGGAAAUUAAUUAUAAAACGAACUAUUAACGGCUGAGUUAUUCAAGGGAAUGGAGAAGCACAGUGGCAAGGAUCUCGGUGUCGUGUACAGGGUAUCCCCUGGUCGGACGCAACCGACUAGCCCACUCUUGUUUUUUGUUGUUAUUAAUGCUGUUGUGUGAGAAUUGCCAAAUGUCGAGCGCAUUUUGUUGUGAUAAAUAAGUAAUUAAAAAAAGGCAAAAAGUAAAAAAAUAAAAACAAAACAAAUAUAAUAAACCUUAAAUUAAAAAUAUUAUGUCGUACGUGUAGCCAAUUAAAUGAAUACAAAAAUGUGCAUACUAAAUCAAUCAAUUCAUUUGCAAUUUGUACAAAUCAACAAAUCAACAAAUCAAAUACUAGCAUCUGUAGAAUCGAGGCGUCACCUUUGUUACGGACCUGUAAAAAUACUAACUAGCCGUUGAUGCUGCAGCUGAAUGUUAGACUAGCAUAAACUAAACUCAGGGUUAUAUAUUACUACUUUCAUACACCUAACUGUAGCACGCCGAGAAAUUGACUUUCAACAAAAAAAAAAACAAAGAAAAACACAAACAAAAGAAAACGUUUAACUAAAUCAAAAUCUGUACGUAAGCUACGAUGGCUAGAGGAGAAUCGCAAGCUAUAACUAUAUAGCUCAAUCGGAAAGACAUUGCAUUAUAAUGUACUCGUACUUGUGUAAUCGUAUGUAGUAUUAUUAUUGUUUAACUGUAAGCAAUGCCUUCUACAACACAAGAACAAUAGUUAUUUAUUUUGUGUUUGAAUAAGUUGGUAUUCAAUCUUGAUGUAUCUACCAUAUUAAUAGAUAUAUUCUAGUCCUAACUGUAAUAUAAUUAUAACUGUACAACACA